GCCUGGUUUCCUCGGCUACCAUCGGCUGCUGGACCGCGCGUGGCGUCCCAGCUUUGCAGCUAUGGGGGCUCCUGCAGGUUUGAAGGCAGACUGCGAGGCGCUGCUCAGCCGCUUCCAGGAGAUGGACAGUGUGCGCUUCGAGGACUUCACCGACCUCUGGAGGAGUAUGAAGUUCGGGACCAUCUUCUGUGGUAGAAUGAGAAAUUUAGAAAAGAACACGUUUACAAAGGAAGCUUUGGCUUUGGCUUGGCGAUAUUUUUUACCUCCGUACACCUUCCAAAUCAGAGUUUGUGCUUUGUAUCUGCUGUAUGGAUUAUAUAACACCCAACUGUGUCAACCAAAACAAAAGAUUAGAGUUGCCGUGAAAGAUUGGGAUGAAAUUUUAAAUUUUCAGCAAGAUUUGAUAAAUGCACAACAUUUUGAUGCAGCUUAUAUUUUUAGGAAGCUACGACUAGACAGAGCAUUUCACUUUACAGCAAUGCCUACAUUGCUGUUGUACAGAAUGAAGAAAAGAAUUCAACGACCUGAAGUUACUGAAGACUUUAAGGACCCAAGUGAUCAUGUAAUGAAACUUAUCACUUCUGAUGUAUUAGAGGAAAUGCUGAAUGUUCAUGACCAUUAUCAGAGAAUGAAACAUAUGAUUUCAGCUGAUAGAUCCAAUCCAGACAAAGCCCUCAGCUUGAUAAAGGACGAUUUUUUUGACAAUAUCAAGAACAUAGUUUUGGAGCAUCAGCAGUGGCACAAAGACAGAAAGAAUCUAUCCUUAAAAUCAAAAGCUAAAGAUGGAGAAGAAAAGAGUGAAGGAAAUUCACAACAAUCAGAGAGAAGCGAAAGGGCAGAAACAUUAGCGGAAAUAAAAUCAAGGGCCUUUUCAGUUUUUGUUCAGGCAUCCAAGUCAAGAAGGCAUCGUCAGGCCAAACUUGAUUCUUCUGACUCUGAUUCUGCAUCUAGUCAAGGACAGACCAAAGCAACUAGGAAAAGAAGAAACCAAGAGAUGCUGAAACCAGCAGGAAGGAAGAUGUCUUCCAGAAACAGAGGUGACAUGCAAAAUGUACAUAAGGAAGAUAAAUCUUUAAGUCUGAGUAUGCCUGUAAUUACAGAAGAGGAAGAGGAGAGUGAAAGUUGUAGUGAAACAGAGUUCACUGCACCCAAGAGGAGAAGAAAACACAGAACAAAGAGCCUGGUAUAGAGUACUUAAUUUUGAGCUUUCUGACAGAAGAAAAGAUUUAUAUUUUGUGUAUUGAACAGGAAGACUGCCAAUAUUAAAAAUAAUUCUUCUGGGAAGCUGUAGGUAUUUCUUUGAAAUGUCAAUACUUUAAUAUAGUUCUAGAAUAAAAGUACAAAAAAUUAUAGUAUUACUCUAAAAUU